AUAUAAGAUGGAUUUUUUUUUUUUUUAACGCGCAAAAUGUACUUACAAAAUUUCAGAUGGAGUUUUUUUAAUCAGAAAAGUAUUUUUAGAAAUCGUCACCCAAUCACUGAUGUGCACAAUUCGCAAGUUCAUCAAAUAGUGAUCCACAAACACUCACGGAUGCUAGAUGACUGUUCGCAAAAGUGACGAGGAUGCGAUGGAGAUUGGUGAUUGGUGAAGCUGAUAUAGCAUGCAGAAAACGCUACUUCAUUUCUAUCGUACGGGGAACCAUGGACGGACACUGUUUCGGCUGCGCUUCAAAGUUUGGAUUUUUCACCAGAGAGCAUUCUUGCCAUAAGUGUGGUCAUGCAUAUUGUAAAACCUGCCUUCCUCACAAGACCUCACUUCCAGGAAAGGAUCCCAAAAAGCAACAAAAUGUUUGUAAUGACUGCUUCAAACUCCUACAACAAACCAAGCCAGACAUGCAUAGGGACAACUUGAGGAAUGAAGGCAGAUACUCGCCUCCGGAGAACUUUAAAAAGAGAGUUGCUGCUCUUCACGAGAAAGAGCAAGGAAAGCAGCCCUCAUCAAGACAGCCAGGACCAUCACAAUCUUCAUCAGAUGCUUCAUCAGCUAAUCAAGCAGCAAAGUAUAAAGAUCUAGCACCAGCAGACAGAGACAUUGCUAUGAGGUUGGACAAGCUUAAGGAGGACCGAAAGAAAAGAGAGAAACCUGUGCUAACUCAAAGUGAGAUUGAGGAAAGGCUUCGCAAUCUCCAGGGACAUCAACCAUCUUCUGAAACAAAUCAAAACGCAGUUUUACCGAGAUCAAAUAAAACAGUGAAUGAGCAGUUCGAUGAUCUUCUAGAUCAGAUGACAGAUGAAGUGGCUUUAGAUGCAAGAUUAGAAGGCAAUGAUGCUACUACUUACGAUCCAGCUGCAGCCAAACGAGCCCCCACAUGCUCAGGACCAGGACAAAACACUGAUCCACUCUUGCCUGAUGAAGAUGAGAUGAAACAACUCACAGAAGAUGCCAAGAAAUUAUUAGGAGAGUCUUCAAGCAACACAGAACAGCCUUCCAGGGGUACCAACCCUCAACCACCAGGAGGCCCUGAUGGGGGUGAGGAUGAGAGUAAUGCAAGGAAACUGGCAGAGGAGGCAAACAAGCUGAUGGAGGCAGCAAGGGCUGAGCUCCAUCUGGAGGAGGAGGCCACCAAGAGAGGAGCCGAGAGGGAUGCAGAGAUUGCAGGGAGACUGGCUCAUCUCAAGGGUGCACAGUCAGGAGAAAAUACAGGGAAUCUUCACCUUGAUGGAGAUAGUGAUGAAGAUGAAGAAAAAGCUUCCCAGAGACUCAUUCAACAGAUAUUGGAGGAAGAUAAGUUGGAUGACAGAGUAGCUGCUGAUGGGUUCCAAGUACCAACAGAGAAAGUACAUCCUAAACCAACAAGCAACACAAAUAUUUCUGAGAACCCUCCACUAGAACAACACAAGCAUGACCCUCCAGGACCCCAGACAAACCCUGAUGAGCUGCCGUGGUGUUGCAUCUGUAAUGAAGAUGCUAUUGUGAGAUGUGUGGAUUGUGAUAAUGAUCUCUACUGUAAAAGAUGCUUCAGAGAAGGACACAGAGACUAUGGAAUUGAGAGUCACAAGGUUAAACCAUACAAGCCUCCCAAUAAAUGAACACCAUGACUAAGGACUGUCAACAAGGAUCAAUUAUCAUAUACAAGGUACUGAUGUAACUGCUUGAUGCAGAAAUUAUUUCAAGGUAUUAUUGAUAAUCAGACUUUCAGAUGUGAUGCUGGUAAUUUAAAUUUGGUGAUGACAGCUGUCAUGACAGAUGAUGACAGAUGUCACUACAUGUUAAUAUAAUGUGAUUCAUGAUACCUCUGUAAGCUCACAUUGGAGGCUUCGCAGCCUUAUUCAUGCUCUUCAACUCCAAGGAUAUAAAGGCUAUGGAAUUGAGCGCUACUGGUUCAAACCAUACAAGGGUCACAAUAAAUGAACAACAUAUCAAUAAAGUAGCAUCAACAGGAAUGCAUUAUCAUUUACAAAGCACUGAUACAGCUACUUGGUGUCAACACUCAACACUAACGUCAACACCAACAUCACACCUCAAAUCAGUCAUUGUUGUAUGCAAUAUUGUAUUUAUAUGAAUAAAGAUAAGAAGAUGGGAAUGAUUGAUAUGGUUUCUCUGUAUCUUGUUCAAGCUGUGCAAUAACCUUUUAAGAUGAAAAUACAAAUAAAUCAGGCAAGAGAAUGUAUUACAAUAAUACUAAAAGUAUCAAAGUAUCAUCUUUUCAAGAUUUUAGUAAAGAUUUAUAUCACAUGUGUAUUUCAUCCAUAAUUCACUUCAGUGGGAGCAAAUGUUCAAUAGAAAAGGGAAUCCAAAUGAUGAGUUAAGGGGGGGGGGUGAAAUUUGCAAAAACAAGUUUGGAUACCGUGUUAGUAAUUACCACUAUUAUUUGAAAAAUUGUUGUUCAUAUUUCAAAAAUGUAGUACCUUCUGUCAAAAUCCAAAACAGAUUUACACAAUUAAAGUAAAACAAAAAAGCAAAUAGAAAUAAUCAUUGUACAUGAACCAUUUUCAUCAAAAUGUCAAUCAGGCAGUUAUUGAAUUACGAUUCUACUAAUUGUUGGAGUACAUGCGGAAAUUGUUGAUUCUAAAAGAAUGUUAUGGUUGGCUAAUACAUUAAAAACAUAGUGAGUUUUUAUAUUAUUUUUCAUUUGGGUAGUAUUAGGGAGAUAAUUUCUCUUCAGACUGGCAGGUAAUUAUGAUAUAUGGCUUUUAUAUAGUACUUAUCACAUUGGAAUGUCAUCUCUCAAUGAGUAACAUAUGUGUUUUGUCUUGCUUGCCCACAUGAAUAUGCAAUCUCAAUUUCCUAGUGAGUAUUCAAGCAAUUGCAGUCAGGUUGCUCAAAUUUGCUAAGCUAACAAAAUUUGUGUUUACAUGUACAUCCUAAACACCUGGGUGGAGAGUGGCAAAGUUAUAUAUUGAUGCCCUGCAAAAGGACACGACCCAAAGCCAGAGUGAGAACCUCUACACCACAAAGCUGCUAAAUAAGCUAUUUCUCCCAGGACAUUACCAGGUCAGCGUUUGGGGCUUGGGUAAAGUUUUCCCCAAAAUAACUCUCUAUAUUUUACAAGCAACUCCUUAGAAGUUACCCAGAACUUUUUCUUUCAUUGCAAA